GCCACCGCCGCCAACUGAUCAACUGCGCCCCUCCGUUUAUCGGGUAUCGGAGCUUUAUGCGAGCCCCUCCGCCCACCAGAAUCUCCGCACCUGCACCUCUCUUACUUCCAACUCUUCCAUAGAUCCUUCACUGUCUUGGACAAUUGCAUCAUCCGUAUACAUCAUCAUGUCCAACACCGCUCCUUCGGCCGACGAUGAGGCUGUCUACAAGCCAUACGACCAAUUCCUGCUCUUCGGCGACUCGAUCACCGAAUACUCCAGUGGCCAGGACAUGGGAUUCGGGUUCCACCCAGCUUUGCAGAAUGCUUACAGUCGUCGCUUGGAUGUGGUGAACCGUGGAUUGGCUGGAUACAACUCACUUCACGCCAUCAAGGUCUUCCCCAGAGCUUUUCCUUCUACGGAACAAGCUAAUGUGCGACUCAUGACCAUCUGGUUCGGCGCCAACGACGCCAGCCUUCCAGCCUUCGAACAGCACGUCCCUAUUGAAACUUACAAGGCGAACCUGAAGCGCAUCAUCCAGCACCCCUUGACGGUUGCUCAGAAGCCCCGCAUCAUGAUCAUCACCCCACCCCCCAUCAACGAGUACCAAUUGGCUGGGUUCGAUGCCAUGAAGGGAAACCCGCAUCCGACUCGCACUGCCGCUCACACCAAGAAGUACGUAGAGGCUGCGCGGGAAGUCGCUGCUGAAUUCGGAUUGCCUGUUGCAGAUGUCUGGAGCGCGUUCAUGUCGAGUGUGGGGUGGAAGGAGGGCCAGCCGCUUGUUGGAUCGAGGGAUGUGCCUUACGAUGACAAGUUCGCGACCUUGUUCACGGAUGGACUGCAUUUGGCGUCGAAUGGGUAUCGCAUUGUCUUUGAGGAGGUCAUGAAGACGAUUGGAGAGAACUGGCCUGAUCAGCUGCCGGAGAAUCUUCCUUAUGUAUUUCCGGCGUGGAGCGUGGCUCCUAAAUAGCUGCAGUGGUCAGUUGUAAAGGGUGGUGGUUAACAUGGACAGUCCGUGAAUAUAUAUAUAGUGGGC